UCAUGCCUAAAAGAAAAUACAACCAUAAUAUCUCGGACCAAGAGGCUGCUUUGACCUAUGAAGACUAUGAUGUAGCUUCUUUAAAUAGUUAUUCAUCAAGCGAUGAUGAAUGCCAAGUCCCUGUUCGAUCUCGUAAACGAUUCAGGCCACAUGAAAUCUCUAUUUUGGAAGACAUGUAUCAGCACUGCGAAAAACCAUCCACAGAAAUUAAACAAGCAGUUGCCAGUCGUUUCAAUACAAAGAUAGAACGCAUUCAGAUCUGGUUUCAAAACAGAAGGGCAAAAGAAAAGAAACUAAAGACGCAAGAGCAUCCAUCAAGAGGUAGUUCGCCUGUCUCGGUUGGAACAAGUCCUCCUCAGGGUACCAGUACAGUUACACAACAAGACACUCAUCUACAGACCUUUGAGCCUCGAUUAACACCAUUGCCACAGUUCUUUGGACAAGAGGAUGUAAGAUCCGUGACGAAAAAGCCAAUGUCUAUGUCACAUAUGCCACCUUCACCCAAGACAAAUCAAUUGAUACUUGAGUAUCCAGAAAGCAGCCGUGUCUAUGAUCGUUCAAUCACACCACCUUAUCAAGAUAUGUUGGGUUCACAAGCCAUGCAUUAUCUUUAUCAUUGUGGGACUUAUGAUGUAUCUCAACAAAGUAUGCUUGCUAUGAAUCCUAAUAUCGACUAUUCAAAAUAUGGAGGCAAUAGUAUUGAUCCCAAUAUACUGAAUCAUUAUGGCAGACAGACCAGUGUCAUUCAAGAAUUUCAGUCCUUGUCUCCUUCUCAACAACAAGGAACAGAACAGCCCACCCAUAUAGUAAAAGAAGAGCAUAUCCCGCCUCAAGACCAACAUAAAAGUAAAGGGAAACAAAAGAAUGCAAGAUGACAAGCAUGAAUUAUUGUUUUUAAAAGAGCGAUGUUUCCAUAUUUAGCUAAUAUGUUAUCUGUGUAAGCACCUAUCGGCUUACAGGACUUUAGUCCUUUUUUUUGUUGUUGUUAUUGUUGUUGUUCUGCCAGACACUCUUAUUACUUUACUACCUUAUUCAUACCCCCCUUUUAUUUUAUCUUGUAUAAUUAACUAAUCAGCUAAUCAGUAAUAAAUCAAUGGUAUACUUGCUAU